CAUCCUUGUUUGUCAUGCUCCAGGUGAAUAUCAGCAAGCACUUUAUCCUUUGCUUUGUUCGUAUCUCGUUGCAUUUGGAAACAUCCUAUUGAAAAGAUAGCCAGCGGUUACCGAUAGGAACAAUAUCAGUCGACAGUUUUAAGUUACUCUUCGGUUUGAGAAAGAUUUUGCCGCAUCUCGCAGAAUGCGAUCUUGACCAAAUCGGUCCGCGUGGUGGUGGAGUACGGGAAAAGCGUCGUCGUGAGGGCAAAUUUAGCACUAAGAAGAACAAGAGGUUCACUAUUCGGGGUGAAAAUUCUAUGUCAGUGUGUUACGUACUCGAAUCGAAUCGAAUCCGGACGACAGCAGCGACCGAGAAGCGACUCCGUGAACCAACAACCAAUAUUCUAACAUAAUGAUGCAAAAAUGUCAAUUAUAAUAGCAAUCGUAUUCAUGGGAUUCAUCGAAGCAGGCCGUUCGCAGUAUCUGACCAAUACCGUGCACAAGACCCCCGCCGCGUCCGAGAAGAUAAACGACCUCUGGUGCUACUCCUGCAAUGCAACCGAGGAUAACGAAUCGUGCAUCGACCUGACCGGAAAUAAUUCCUCCUUCAUCAAAAAGUGCUUCUCGGACGAGUUUAUCUGCAUGGUCAAACAAUUCUCCUACACGGUGCACACCAGCAACUCUAACGUCUCGGAACCGAAGCUCUGGUCCCUGGAACGAAAAUGCAUAAAUUCGUGCGAACCGGGCUGCAUCAUUAUCGGCGAACGGACGAAACUGUACGCAUGCACCAGCUGUUGCGAGUCUGCCCUGUGCAAUUCAGGGAAAGCUGGCACGACCCGGGCGUAUUCCCAAACCAGCAGCAGCUGGACACUGGCCACGGUGGGAUUGGUAGCUGGAAUUUUCCAACAACUACUACUGCUGCUUCCUCGAUAGAGCCAAAUUUCCAAUGAAUAAUUCUUGCCAAAUAGUACCAUACUGGAGUUCAUCGUGAAUCCAAUGAAUUUACUAUUCUUAUCUUGAAGGUGAUGAUAAUAAUUGAUAAUGAAACUUGAACGACACUAUAAAAGAAAUCAAUCUUCUUGCACUUCAAAAAAGCUAACGCAAAUAAACUCUACACGUCACGAAUAAGUAGUACAUACUGAAUAGGAUAGAUCUUUCUUUGCUUCUCCAAUCUUGAUCCUUCACAGUUUAAUAUCUAUGUAACAAAAUUCCAUCACUCUUCUUUAAAUCUAAUAAGCACAGAGAUAAGAAAGGAAUGCAUUUUUUAGUAAUUCAGUAAUAGUGAUAUCGAGCAUAAUUUUUAGGCGUUUGAAUAAAAAUAUGGAAGAAAUUUUAGAUCCUGGCAUAUUAUAGAUUUAAACAUGAAAAUCAUUUUAAUGUGUGCGGUACAGAGACAAAGAUUAUUACAAAUUUAAAACAAAAAAUCUAAUAAGAUGAAUCAAGGGCCAAAUAUUGAGUAAGUGGAUUAGUUAAGAGCAAGACAUGGAUGACGGAUAUUGGUUGCCAAAUCAUGUAUUAUUUCAUGAAUACGAGAAAGAAAAAAGAAAAACAAUUGGUCGAAGGAAAAACGGGAUAUCAUAACUGAUUCAUUUUUUUAUGUAGUCCAUUGGA